AUGGCUGGAAUCCUUUUUGAGGAUAUCUUCGAUGUAAAAGACAUCGAUCCAGACGGAAAGAAGUUCGACAGAGUGUCUCGUCUACAUUGUGAAAGUGAGUCUUUUAAGAUGGAUCUCAUCUUGGAUGUGAAUAUUCAAAUCUACCCAGUAGAUCUUGGUGACAAGUUCAGGCUGGUAAUUGCUAGCACAUUAUAUGAAGACGGAACGCCAGAUGAUGGGGAGUACAAUCCUCAAGAUGACAGACCAUCUCGAUCAGACCAAUUUGACUACGUAAUGUAUGGGAAGGUUUACAAGAUUGAGGGUGAUGAGACUUCAACAGAAGCUGCUACACGCCUCUCUGCUUAUGUCUCUUAUGGUGGCCUCCUCAUGAGGCUGCAGGGAGAUGCAAAUAAUCUUCACGGCUUCGAGGUGGACUCCAGGGUGUACCUCCUCAUGAAGAAACUGGCCUUCUAA